GAAUGUUUGUUUAAUUCUAUUUCAGAUUCGUUCCAUCACUUAAAACCUGAUAACGGUGGGCCACACGAAGUCUUCUUGAUUUCAGGUAGAAACAAUAAUUGAAGAUGUCGAGCAAAACAGCAAGCACCAACAACAUCGCCCAGGCGAGGAGGACGGUGCAGCAGUUAAGACUAGAAGCCUCCAUUGAAAGAAUAAAGGUUUCAAAGGCGUCCGCAGACCUCAUGUCCUACUGUGAGGAGCAUGCCAGGAGCGACCCUUUGCUGAUAGGGAUACCAACUUCAGAAAACCCUUUCAAGGAUAAAAAAACUUGUGUCAUCUUAUAGAGGAAGAGUAUCCGGCUCCUCGCCUCUUCUCAACAAAGCCAAUCAGGAGCAGCUCCUUGAAGAGGUUUACCUUUAGCUUAUUUGGGAACCACUGCUAAUAGCUAAAAUGCUCUUAACUUGGAAUAAUGGACUCUGAAGUCUUUAUUUUCCAAGUUACCCUUUCUCUAAAAUACCCUUUUCUGAUUUCAUCCAGAAUAACAGUCUCGUUUUCCAUUUGGUAACUAUGGUGUCAUAUUGGGUUGCUGCUUAAGGAAAGUUGGUCUGCGCCUUUUAAAAAACACAAUUAUAUACUUUUAAAUAUAUGAAUGAUCCAGUUCUGUCAAGACCUAAAUUACCUAAGCACCUGUCUAGAUUAAAAUGCCAAGAAUAACUUAAGUCCUAAAACCUUUAUAUCAUAGUAUAUUCUUAAUAGGGUUGUGCCAACCUGUACAGUAUACAGGGGUGAGACGUGUUUUGUGUAUAUAUAUAUAUAUGUUGUUGUAUAUACACAUAUCAAAGCUUAUUUCCUUAUUAAAAAUUUCCCUCUCUCCGCAACAUCACUUCCUCAACCCCAGAAGUUAUACCUUUAUCUUGAGCUGUGUGUUGGUAGAAUAAAAACCCUUUUCAUAUAGUUACUGUACAAAAUGUAAAGAACAUCCUAAAGAUUGUAUUCAUUGUAAUCGAGUAAUGAAGUCAUCUCUCCUUUCUUGAAAUCUUGCUGACCUCUUAGGCUACAAUAAACUGUGCCAAUUAAAAUGUAAAAACGGAACUGAAAGCCCUUCUAUCAUAUGAGGUGUUAAUUCACAAGGGGCCUUUUGGGCUUCAGGGAUCCUGAAUCUAGAAAAGGAAAGGAGAGCCUUCGGGAGGACCCUGGGCAGGUGGGGCCCCAGGGCUCAUGUUCUCUACAGGAUUAGGGGAGACACCUCUGAAAUCUCCACCCUAAUGACGGGAAUGAGACAGGCAGAGUGCACAGAAGCCCGCCCAGCCGAGAGAGAAGCGGGAGCGUGUGGAAACCAGCUGCUCUCCUUGGCCAAACUUUGUCAUUUCUUCCCGCCUUCCCUUGAUCUUGCCUCUGCCGCUAGAACAUCUGUUUUCAGAGGGAAUGUUCACCUCCCCAGCCCCAAGUGGGUGGAACAAGGUUGGAAAAAAACAU